AUGGCCGACUCGCCGAGCAAGGCCGAUGACGGCCCCCUCGAGCGGCGCAGCGCCGGCUACAAGUCGUGGAAGAAGAAGUAUCGCAAGAUGCGCAUCGUGUUCGACCAGAAGAUGCAGCAGAGCGAGGAGCUGCACAAGCGCGAGGACAAGGCCUCUGCCACGGUGAAACGACUAGCCGUCGAGAAUGACCGCCUGCUCGACAUGCUCCUCGAAAUCAACAACUCUCCCCAAAUCCCCUCCGAGAGGCGCAUCGACGUCGCCCUCAAGCCGCCCUCGGACUCGCGGUCCCCCGUCCUGCCCCUCGACCGCCGGCAGGCCGCCAACGACGAGCGCAAGGACGGCGCCGCCAAGCGCCUCGAGCAGCUCCUCCACGACGUGCCGCACUCGUCGUACGCCGCGACGCGCGACUCCCACCCCGCCACCGUGGCCGACCUCUCCGCGCCCGACGGCGAGGCCCACCCCGCCAGCUUCCUCUCCGCCGACGACAUCGACAACUACAUCUUCGCCGUCGACUCCGCCAUGGACCCGGACGGCAAGCACGCCGCCCUGCCCACGCUCGCUCCCCGCGCGCACCCCAACGCCACCCCGGCGCCGCACCCGCAGAUCAAGAACCCCACCAGCGUCACCAACUGGCUGCGCAAGCACGCGCCCAAGGUCUUCCUCCAGGACGGCGAGCACGGCCCCGGCGCCGACGCCGCGGGCGGCGACGACCACGCCGACGGCCACCACGGGCACGGCGCGGGCGGCCACACCGGCGGCCGCAAGUCCCGCGGCGGACGCGGCGGCGAGCGCGGCGGCAGGGGCAGUAGGGGUAAGCGCGCCAGCGCCGCGGCUCGCCACGCCGCAGACCGAGAAUACCACUCCCGCCACCGCGGCGGCGACCGGGAGGCCAGCGCCGACGAGGACCACGAUUUUGGCUCCACGCCCGCCGGCCGCGGCAAGCGCAAGCGCGACGACGACCCGGGGUACCGCCCCGGCGGUUCCACCAGCCGCCCGGCCAAGAAGAAGCGUAAGAGCGAGGGUGGAGGCCCCGACGGCAGCACCCCCGUGGCCCGCCGCUCCAAGAAGGACAAAGACAGGGACAGGGAACGGGAUAGGGACGCCGCCGCCGCCGCCGCAUCCGCCUCCACGUCCAGAGUCGACUAG